AGUCGUCGUGUGACCGGCUUGCAUAUGCUUAAAACUCCUUAAAUACCCAGAAGUGUGCUCGGCGCGUUGAUCUUAAACGCUCGAGAAUUUACUCGUGUUCGAUAGAAAAUUCCCCGAAAUAAAAAGGUGCACAAAUAAAUUUAAGAGCUUACCUGUAGCGGUACACGAAAUAACUGGAGUCCUUUUGUAGAGCGACAAUUCAAGGCAGUACAAAAAGAGCCAAGCUUAGAGUAUCAUUGAAUUGUUGAUAUUCCUGUUACCAUUUUAAGAGACUUUCAAUUAAGAUGGCCGGAUCGUCGAGCAUUAGUGCGCUGUUGGCCGAGCAAAUGAAUUUGGGCGAGAAGAUUCAAAGCAUUAUUCGCAAUUAUAAAAAGGCUCCGGCUCAACGGAAAUCUAAACCUGGAUAUUUUGAAGGGCGACUAUCCAAAUUGCAAAGCUUGUGGGAUGCAUUUUCCAAAGGGGAAAAUACUAUUAAAACUCGCAACGAAAAGACGCAAAUGGAACAUACAUACUUUAAAAACAACUUCUUUGUCAAAAUAAAGACUUUGGUAGUUGAAUAUACAUCAGAAUUCAAUCGAAAACUGCACGCAUCGGAAAAUGAUACUGAAAACGUGCACGCAUCGGAAUUGGAUACUAAACACGUGCCCGCAUCGCAGCAGAAUUCUGAAGAUCAAUUCAAUUCUAUGCUUAGAGAGCAUCGGAUAUUGAUGGACAGAUUGGAUAAUAUUAUAAACGAGUUGGAAUGCGUGACAAGGAAUGGGAUUAAUCCCAUCAUUUUACCCUAUUUAACUGAUAUGCAAAAUAUGCAUGCGGAAAUGAGUCAAACUGACAUUUAAAUGUAAUGUAACAUGUAAUAAUAAAGCGUAUUUUGUGUUAUUAUUUAAAUAUAUAUAUAUAUAAUUAUAUUAUACUUAUUAAAGAUGUAAGCUUUGCGGAAUGAAAACUUAAAAUAAAUAUUUGGCG